GCUUAUUUUUGCUUGGUACGUUGAGCGGAGACAAGGAGAGGGGGUAGCAACCAGGUCAAUUUUUUUUCUCUCUUUUUUUUUUUUCUAAUCCCUUUUGGCUGUGAAAUAAACCCCCCUACUCUCUUAUUCAAUGUUUUCUCGGAUUGCCGUCAACGCAGCAAAGCGAUCAGUUCGUUCAGUUGCUCAACCUCAGGUACGCCACUUGUCACUAAAUAUAUUUUUCAACUUACAUGGGAUAUAGGCUCGAUUCGCCUCUACCAAGCCUACCAUCAGUCAAAAACCUAUGCAAUUCGGCCUUGUGACUUCUGCUAUUGUUGGUACCACUGCUGCUGCUUACAUGUAUGCUGAUGUGUCUGCCAACAUGGCUGAUGAAGGUCUUCACCCUCCUUCUUACCCCUGGCCUCACAGUGGUCCUCUCGAUACUUUUGAUCAUGCCUCUAUUCGUCGUGGUUACCAAGUCUACAGAGAAGUCUGUUCUGCUUGUCACUCACUUGACCGUAUUGCUUGGAGAAACUUGAUUGGUGUCUCUCAUAGUGAGGAUGAAGUCAAGGCAAUGGCUGAAGAAUUCGAAUAUCAAGAUGGCCCGAUGACAAUGCCUGCUGAUUAUAUGCCCAAGCCCUAUGCUAAUGAAGAAGCUGCUCGUGCUGGUAAUGCUGGAGGUGUUGAAGUCCGUGAAGGCUUAAACUACAACCCUUACUUCCCUGAUGGUACACCUGCCACUACUUCUCAAAUGGCUAAGGAUGUCUGUACCUUCCUUGCUUGGUCUGCUGAGCCUGAACAUGAUGAACGUAAGAAGAUGGGUAUGAAGGCUACUGUCAUCUUGGUUGGUUUGACUGCCUUGUCUAUCUACCUCAAGAGAUUCAAGUGGGCUCCUAUCAAGUCUAGAAAGAUUGUCUACAACCCUCCUAAAUAAGUCAUACACAUUCACAGAUCAGAUAAAAAUAAAAAACUACAUAUAUAUACAUAUAAAA